GCGACGAGAGGUAAACCUUGAACGACGAGAAGUGAUUGGUCGAGCCCCCAACCACAGCUGGGAUGCGAUUGCGAGCAUCGCACCUACAACCAGCAACGACGGGAGGGUGGAUCAAGACUCAAAGUGCCUGGGACUUAUUUGGGACUCAUGACCAUGGCGGCCGUAGCCUAGGAGAACGACGAGCUAACUUAUUAUUAACAGCCCAUGCUGUCUCAUUUUUUGCCUUAUUGGCCACGCAUACCGCUGCACGUAGGUAUCUCUCCCUGGCACACAAGCGCCAAGGCAUUUUUUAGCACUAACGUCAGGCGCAAUUGCACGCAGCUACUGUAUCUCUCGCUUGCUCCGGGCAUUACCGACGGAAACCUUAAAGACCUGGGGAAUUUCGAGCGCGUGCCGGACCAUUUGCGUCGCAACGAAUAUCGAUAGGUCAUGACAAGCGAAGGGCACUGCACGCAUCAACUUGCACUCUCCACGCCUCUUCCACACUCUCCCUCACACCACCACACCCUGUAGGCUCGUGUUAAUAAACAAACGUUAUUAUGAGAUACUAUUUGAGAGUAAAUCAACGAUUGGACGCAACAGCCAGAAUGCAGCUAUCCUAUUUGCUAUGUUCCUGUUGUUACGCAUGGCCUUCGAGUUAGUUUUGUUUUGCAGACUUCAGCUACACAAUUACAUACGGUUCAUGUUUUAGAUUUGUAGUUACCAGUGGACU